AUGAGAAUAUCCAACUACUACGUGACGGCACUGGCCUGUGUGGCCCCUUCGGUUCAUGGAUUCACGACCAUCGCUCCAAGAACAUCUUCUCGGAUAUUGCUGCUACCCAUCCGUAAUAAUCCGCUACCCAUCAUCUCCUCGCGCCACUUUGCCUCUUCAACUGGUGGGGAUAACACGUCCUCUUCUUCUUCUGCAGCCGCCGAUUUGGUGGUCAAGAAUGAUACUUCUAGUUUGGGAGGCGAACAACCCCAACGGAAUACUACAGAUACCUCUUCUUCGGUUCUGGACCAAAAUACUACCACAAUGACCGAUCCCAACGGCUCGGGAGAUCAGUUAGUAGUGGCACAAAAGAAGAAAGAAGCCUCGAGUGUCAUUCCACCGUUACCCGAAACUCUGGAUGCCUCGGGAUUGCUCUCCUUGGAUCCCACCGUGGUGGAUAUCGUCCAAGUUCCUACCAAAAACCACACUGACACUGCCAAUGGCCAAGCCUCUCGUCCCAGUAGUUUGGAAGCCAUGAUGAAGGGUCUUCCCUUUGUCAGUAUGUUUCGCGGAAGUGCCAAUUACAUUGCCAAUCAUCGCAAUACACUGGCCGUCUAUCACAUUCCCGGUGGACUCCUCGAUUUGCCCGAUCCCACUGUCUUUCGAGAUUUGACAAACGACAUUGCCCUCACAUGGUUGCUCGGCAUGAAAAUUGUACUCGUCGUGGGAUGUCGUCGGCAAAUUGAAAAACGCAUUCCCAAACGAACCCGCUUUUUUGGAAUCCCCGUGACGGAUGCGGAAACACUUAGGGUCGUAAAGGAAGAAGCUGGCUAUGUCCGAUUCGAAGUGGAACGUCAAUUGGCACGAUCCUUGCGCAUGCAGGGUGGAAACAACGACAACAACACGGGCGCCAAGAGCGAUCAUGUCGAUGGCAAUGUCGUGUCGGGAAACUUUUAUUCGGCACAACCCUUUGGCGUGUUGGAUGGAAUUGAUUACAAAUACACGGGAUUUGUUCGCAAGGUGGAAGUGGAGAAAAUUCGACAAUUGCAUGCCGGUCGCGAUAUUUGUUUGCUCACCACGUUGGGAGUCAGUCCCAGUGGAGAAGUAUUCAAUGUCAAUUCGGAAGCACUGGCGGCAACGGUCGCAGGUGCCUUGGAUGCCUCCAAAGUCAUUUACUUUACCGAACAAGAAAUGGAGUUGCGACACAAAGUUCAUGGCAACAAGAUUCAGAAUUUGCGCCUUUCCGAUGCACGAAACCUGAUGAAGCACAACGACGUGACAAUCCACAAACGAGGAUUUGUGACGGUGGGAGAACGCUCCGAUGAACUAUUGCCAGAAACGGAUAUGCUCAUCAAGAUUGGAUGGGCCACCAUGGCGUUGGAACAAGGGGUCAAGCGUGCCCACAUUAUCAGCCCCAAGUUUGGUGCGGUUCUACAGGAACUGUACACGCGCGACGGAAGUGGGGCAUUGAUUAGUCGAGAUCUCUACGAAGGAAUUCGACGAGCCAAUGUCAACGAUGUCAGCAAUAUUUAUGACCUCAUCUACCCACUCAUCAAAAUGGGCACGCUGGUCGAUCGGCCCAAGGCGGUGCUCGAAAAAGAUGUUGACAGUUACUACGUCUUUACACGAGAUGAGCUCAUUGUGGCAUGUGGACAAUUGAAAAUCUUUGAAGGAGAAGUCAAACGGUAUGCCGAGAUUGGGUGCCUCGUGGUCAACCAAGAGUACCGAGCAAGAGGCAGAGGUGAUGCCAUGUUGGGUUACUUGGAGCGACUCUGCUUUCUGAAUGGGGCCACUACCGUGUUUGUGCUCAGUACGCAAACCAUGGAAUGGUUCGUUGAGAGAGGAUUCACUCAGGUCACGGUAGACAAGCUGCCGCCCAGCCGACAAGCUACAUACAAUCACAAACGUGCCUCCCAAAUCUACAUGAAAGAUAUCAAUAGUAGUCGUGACUUGGAUCAAAGCGAGCUCUGGUGGAAUCGGUAG